AAUUUCCCUCCUGUUUCCAAUUUAUUCAGCGACAUAAACAAGACCGCUUUAAAUUAAAUUAACUUAUCCCACCCACAGCCGCACCUACCACCGCUCACCGCCGCACCGACGGCCGUACUGUACCGGAGAUAAAUCGGUGUUACAGAUACCCGAUGUCGACACACAAAAGAGGCAAACGGAACGUGUUAGCCAUCACCGGAGCUGCUGCUUUCUUAACAAUCGCCGUUAAGUUCGCUAUCGAUGCAAUUAACUCGAAGAGAAACGAUCUCAAGAAAAAAGGUCUUCGAGGCUCCAAUGUUAGGGUUAAUCUCUCUGCAUUCGAUAUACUUAAACUCGCUGAUCGUGUAAUUGCUAAUUCAAAGGCAGUUUAUAAUGCAGUAGCUUCAGUUCCACUUGAUAAGGUCACCUAUGCAAAUGUUAUAAAGCCACUUGAAGAACUGGAAGCAUACCAAUUCCCGCUGGUACAAUCUUGUAUCUUUCCAAAAUUUGUGUCUACUUCAGAAGAAGUAAGAAAAGCAAGUGCUGAAGCCGAAAGGAGAAUAGAUGCACAUGUUUCGGCUUGCAGCCGACGUGAAGAUGUGUAUCUUGUCGUUAAGGCCUUUGCAGCAAAGGGGGAAUGGACGAACGCGGAAUCAAAACGUUAUGCACAAUCCAUGGUUAGAGACUUUGAGCGUAAUGGAAUGAAUCUCACAUUGACAAAAAGAGAGGAAUUACAGCGGUUGAGGGCUCAAAUUGAUGAGCUAAGUAGGCGGUAUAUCCAGAAUUUGAAUGAUGAUAACUCAUUUCUUCUGUUUGAUCAAUCAGAGUUGCUUGGCUUGCCUCUAGAGUUUCUAAAGAGCUUAGACAGGUCUGAGAAUAAUAAAUACAAGAUCAUUUUGAGGAGCCAUCACGUUUCAGCACUGCUUGACUUAUGCAAGGUGGGACCGACCAGAAGGGUUGUUGCAGGGGCCUAUGGGAGAAGAUGUGAAGCCAAUCUUCCUAUAUUAGAGAAAUUGGUUCAGUUGCGUCAUAAAUCUGCUAGAUUACUUGGCUACACUAACUAUGCGGAUUUUGUUACCGAUCGUAGAAUGGCAAUGUCAUCUUCAAAGGUAUUUGAGUUUCUAGAGGAAAUCUCUGCUAGUUUGAAUGAUUUGGCUACUAGAGAGCUUACCCUACUAAAAGAUAUGAAGAAGAAAGAGGAAGGAGAAAUUCCUUUUGGAAUAGAAGAUCUACCGUAUUAUGUAAAGAAAGUUGAGGAAGAACAAUUUGAUCUGGACUUUGAAGCUGUAAAACAGUACUUUCCUGUUAGUUUAGUUCAGUCAGGGAUUUUCAAAGUAUGCCAAGAUCUUUUUGGCUUAAGAUUUGAAAAAGUUUCUGACGCAGAGGUCUGGCACCCUGAUGUUGAGCUUUAUUCAGUAUUUGACUUGAACUCUACUGAUUUAAUAGGCCAUUUCUACCUUGAUAUGUAUACCAGGGAAGGAAAGUAUGGUCAUACUUGUGUAGUCCCUCUUCAAAACGGUUCAUUAACCAAUGAUUCAAGACAGAUUCCUGUAGCCUUGCUGGUAGCCCAAAUUAAAAAGGAAGUUGGUGAUGAUCCUGUGUUAUUACGGUUCUCUGAAGUCCUUAAACUUUUUCACGAGUUUGGCCAUGUGGUCCACUAUAUGUGCAAUCGGGCAUCAUAUGCAAAGUUUAGUGGAUUACGUCUUGAUUCUGACUUUGUGGAGAUACCUGCACAGGUCUUAGAAAAUUGGUGUUAUGAAGCGGCCUCCAUGAAGCUGAUAUCUGGUUUCCAUCAGGACAUCACAAAGCCUAUAGGUGAUGAUGUAUGCAAAUCACUUAAGAGAUGGCGGUGUUCCUUUUCAGCGCUUAAAUUGAAGCAAGAAAUUUUAUACUGUCUUUUUGAUCAGAUUAUUCAUUCGACUGAAAACGUUGAUAUUGUUGGUUUAUUUAAGCAUCUCCAUCCAAAGGUAAUGCUAGGUUUACCGAUGUUGGAAGGAACCAACCCAGCUUCUUCUUUCCCAAGUAGUGCUAUUGGUUGUGAAGCUGCUUGCUAUAGUCAUAUUUGGAGUCAGGUAUUUGCAGCUGAUAUUUAUGCAUCAAAGUUUCGUGAUAAUAUUUUCAACCAGCAUACAGGCAUGCAGUUCAGGAAUAAGGUAUUGGCACCCGGAGGGUCAAAGGAACCUAUUGAACUCCUAUCGGAUUUUCUCGGAAGAGAACCUUCAAUCCAAGCUUUUGUUGACAGCAAAUCCCAAACAUUUGAUAAUUCAUCGUUCAGAUGAGAAUGUCACAUGCAGGAUUCAUCUCAUGUCAGAUCCAACAAAUUUUGGUUGCCAAUCAACAGAUUCUAAUUUAAAUGUUUUUGUAAUCUUAAUGUUUCGUGGGAAGAACAGAUCGCUGACUGUACAAUAAUCUUAAAGUCAAUUAUUUUCACUAGUUUUUCUGGGAAUUAAAAGUUUACUUUUCGGGUA